UUAUCUCUGCAUUUGAUUGUAAUGAUGGUCCACAAUCCACCUUUAAGGUUAUUGCAUAAUCAGUGUUUGUCAAGAGGGAGUGUGUGAGUGCUUCCAGGGCCGAACCUGAAGCAGGACAUUUUUAUAUUCUGAUAGUAAUAAGUCCACGAGACAUUUUCAUAAAGUGUUAUUCAUAUAAAACAGCUGGAGUAAAUCAGUUCACAGGAAUGCAGGUCGGUGAUGGUAUUGUGUGUGAUCUGUGUUUAGUCUGCAUGUGUAUCACACCGUCUCCUGCCGGGGAAGUGGGCGGGCAUCUUAUUGCUUUCGAAUUCACUUCAGUUUUGUUUUGCACAAGUUUCUGCGAGAGCCGGCUGGCAGCUGUGUUUUUAUCCAGUGGAAAACUUGAAGUUGAAUGAUAUGGAGAUUUUUUCGCUAGUGGGGACUCAGGAGAUGUCUGGGAACAACACGCCGGCCCCCUGCGGGCCCAUCGACAUUAACUUUACGCACACCUUCCUGCCGUCCGCGUUCGUCACGGUGUUCGUGGUCGGGACGCUGUCCAACAUCUGGGGACUAAGAAGCCUGUGCAACAGCUGGAACAACAUCGGGAACAUUAACAUCUUCAUGUUCAACCUGGGGGUGGCGGACCUUCUGUACCUGUUCACCCUGCCUUUCCUCGUGCACUAUUACAUAAGGAAGAGCAGCUGGGAGUUCGGCCAGCCUUUCUGCAAGGUGACCCGCUUCUGCUUUAACCUCAACCUGUACGGCAGCAUUGGCUUCCUCACCUGCAUCAGCAUCUACAGGUACCUGGGCAUCGUGCACCCCAUGCGGGUCAUGGGGAGGAUCAGCAGCCGACACUCGCUGGCCGUCAGCGCGCUGGUCUGGCUGCUGGUCAUCAUCCAGAUCCUCCCUGAUAUGUUUUUCGACAAGAAUAAUCCAAAAUCCACAAACUCGUGUUAUGACACCACCUCUAACGAGCUGAUCGAAGAAUACCUGCCCUACAGCGUCGGCUGGACCGUCACAGGGUUUGCCAUCCCCCUGGUGAUCAUUCUGCUCUGCUACGGACACGUUGUUGUGGUUCUCGCCAAAAAAUCAUCUAACGUCAACCCUGUGCUGAAGCAGCGGUGUGUGAAACUGGUGGUGGUUCUGGUGAUUCUGUUCUCCAUCUGUUUCAUCCCUUACCAUGUCUUUCGGAAUGUUAACCUGAAAAUCAGGAUUUUGAAACAGAGUGGGGAUUGCCGCGCCAGUUUCCGAAACAUCUACAUUGCACAUCAAGUGGGCAGAUUCCUGGCUAGUCUGAACAGUGCCAUAAACCCGCUGAUCUACAUCGUGGGGAAUGAUGACUUCCUAAUGAGGAUCCACCGGGUCAGUAACCGGGCCCGGAUGUCUCUGGCCGGUCUGACAGGAGCUGCGCGUUACCGCAGACCGAUUUUAGACGCACAAUUCUUCACCCUAGACACAAAUCCGUGAGUCGCUGUGUUUCUUGCACCGCCAGAACUUCCACAUUUCCGGGAACAAAGUAUGAUGAAUGAUGAUUGGCAGGACAUUAAGUCUAUUAUCUAGCAGUACCAGUCAUCAGGUCACCAAGGCGACGGCACAGAGACAAUCUGAUGACCUUCUGGAAAACUGUAUCUGCAGACUGAAUUAUAUCAGAAGAACUGUUUGUUUUGCAGCUGAAGCUCCUGUUUGCAUCACAUUUAAUGCUCUAAUGUAGGCCUAUUGCAUCAAGUAUUUUUGAUAUGCGCCUUGGCGCUGACCAUAUUUUGCACUUUCUGUGUGUGACUGUUUGUGCUUCAGAGCUGAUUGUUCUGUACAGUGCAGGAAACGUUCGGUCCAAUACAUGUUUGGACAUGGCAGUGUGUGGGCCUGCCUUGGCGCUUUAAUUAAGCCUUUAAUAUAGCCUACUUAGCAGUGGAUUGAAAUUCCACUGUGCAUGUGACCGUGCCACAUCUCUUAAUUGCACGUUUGUUUAGAGAAACUGGAACUGGAAAAGGAACUGCAACAGUGAUUUUCACUGUUGCAGUUCCUUUUCCAGUUCCAGUACAGAAUUAGGAAAUAUUCUAAACCGCAGUAAAAAUACAAUUAAUACGCCGUCCUGUAUUCAUGUGUUCAAGUCACAAAUUAAUACACUUAUAGUGCAGAGGGCCGCCUGUCUAAAGGAAAUACUGUUUUGUACUAUAGUGUUAGAUAAUUAUACACAGGUUAAUAUAUAUUACGUUUUUAUGAAAGCAUUUAAGAGAGUGUUCAUUCCUCUUUAUGAUCAUUUUGUGCUACUGUUAAACUGUUUUGCAUUAUACAAAUAUGUGUUUCUGUUAUUUUGUCCAGCCCAUUUUGAUCAGAUAAGGCAAACAGAAUCCUUACUGACUUGUGUAUUAGACAGGACAUUUUCAUGUAGAUAUAAUAAACUGGCUACUGUUUUUAUACAUAUAUGGCUGAAACUCAU